AUGACCGAUUCAAACGAGACCGAAAACACGUUCCGGAUUCUCGUUUCCACGGAUAACCACCUGGGGUUCGCAGAAAGAGAUAGUAUUCGUGGUCCAGAUUCUUUACGCACAUUUGAAGAAAUCCUACAUUUAGCUCAGAAAAACGAUGUGGAUUUCAUCUUUUUUGCUGGCGACAUUUUUCACGAAAGUCGACCUUCAAUGUACACUCUUCACGAGGCGGUCCGUUUGUUUCGAGCCUAUUGUAUGGGCCCAAAACCGGUUCGUUUUGAACUACUCUCUGAUCCAGACACUGUGUUUGCAAACACCGCGUUUCACGAGGCAAACUAUCUAAGCCCGAAUUUGAAUGUGGCUAUUCCAGCAUUCACCAUACACGGAAACCACGACGACCCGAGUGGGCCCGGCGGACUGUGUGCUGCCGAUUUACUUCAUUCCGCGGGAUUGGUCAAUCUCAUCGGUAAAACCGCCUCAGUGGAAAACAUCGAAAUUUGUCCUUUGCUGUUACGCAAAGGUUCCACCCACUUGGCCAUAUAUGGUCUGGGUGCCAUGCGUGAGGAACGAGUACACCGACUGUUUGCUAACAAUAUGGUCACAUUCCUUCGUCCCACGGAACAAGCGGAUCAGUGGUUCUCCUUGUGUGCUGUGCAUCAGAACCGUGUACGACACGGACCGACUAGCUAUUUGCCAGAACAUUUUCUACCCGAUUUUUUGGACCUGGUCAUCUGGGGUCAUGAGCAUGAAUGCCGUAUCGAAGCUGAAUGGAAUACUACACAAAAAUUCUAUGUGAUUCAACCCGGAAGUUCUGUAGCCACAUCACUUUCGGAAGGUGAAGCUUGCGAUAAAGCGGUUGCUUUGUUAGAAAUUAGGGAGAAAGAAUUCAAGGUCACUCGACUCCCUUUGAAAACAGUUCGUCCUUUGAUAUUUGAAGAUAUCGCAUUAGAGGAUGAAAUACCCAAGGCUAGUGCGAAUGCCUUAGAUUUGGCGAAGCAGGUCGAAGCUACAUGUGUACGACUGGUCGAAUCGUGUAUUCGACGAGCGACUGAAAAAUCCUCUGAGAAGUCAGAUCAUGACUCGAGUAUCGCUUCUGAGACGCACGGGGACGGUAAUAAAGCGGAAUCAGAAAUCCGUUUUGUCACACCUGCAGAACCUCUGGUUCGUAUCCGUUUAGAUCUAACCGGUGGCUUUGAGGCGUUCAGUAUGCUUCGAUUUGGACAGCGCUUCAUCGGGCGUGUGGCCAAUCCGAAAGAACUGAUUGCAUUCAAUCGGAAUAGAGAACAGCGUGCAGCUGCGCAGGCCAAACGUGCUCUCAAAUCCGGUCUGGAAGAUAAACCUGAUCCGGAACCGUCGUUGAUUAUAACGGACAAUAAGAAAGUUGGGCUGGAUGUGGGUGAAAUGGAGAAUCUAGUUCGACACUAUUUAGGUGGCUCUACCAAGACUGGAUCCGAGCUGAAUGGACAGGGUAACGGCGCUGUUAGCGGAUUGGAUGUGUUCACUGCACCCGAAUUGGGCCGGGGCUUGCGUCGUUUUGUCGAUCACGAUGCACGAGAAGCGAUUAAAGAGACUGUGGAAUCAGUCCUAGGUCGUACCGUGAAGCACUUACGAGUUCGUCAAACCCCAGAGGAUCGAAUUGUGCCAGAUAUUCACUCGUUCAGUCACUCCCGUCAGACGGAGGGAGAUUCGGAAGAGGAGGAAGAUCUUGAAUCGGAGCCAGAUCAGGCAGAUGCGAAAAGCCACAAACCGGGGGCUAUACUUGCCUCCAGAGCAAAUGCUCUAGACAAUGAAUCCAACUCUGAUCCCGAUCACAUAGAUGGAGACGAAGAAGACGCGCUAGCGAUGACCAUUGAAUCUGAUGAAUCACCCCCUCCGGCCAAAUCUACGACCAGUAGACGUGGAAGGGGCAGCACCCGAUCCAGAGCUCCACGAGCAACUGGACGUACCCGAGCGGGUCGUAACACUAGACUGUAA